AUGAAGGAGCGAGCUGAGGCAUCUCAAGAGACAACGGCAGCAUCAAGUGGGCCCUCGGGGCCCUCCUCCGUGGCUCUGCCUCGUGUACAGCACUCUGAGGGGGGCAGCAGCAGCAGCAACGGCAGCAGCAGCACCACCACCACCAACGGUAGCAGCGGCAGCAGCAGCAGCAACAGCAACGGCAGCAGCAGCAGCAGCAGCAACGGCAGCAGCAGCAGCAGCGGCCACGGUAGCAGCAGCAGUAGCAACAGCAACGUCAGCAGCAGCAGCAGCAGCCACGGUAGCAGCAGCAGCACCACCACCAGAAGCGGCAACAGCAGCAGCAGCAACAGCAGCAGCAGCAACAGCCGGCGGCAAGAGUAUCUGGAGAGCUGCGCCUCGCCUUUUCUGUCUGAGUAUAGAGCGGCCGCAUUUGCUGCUCUGAGUGGUCUCCUCAACUCCGCCUUGGCAGCAGGGGGAGCAGCAGCAGCAACAGCAGCAGCAGUGCCUCAGCGGCUGGCGUCUCUUGCUGCUUCAGCCGGUUUGCCUGCUGCUUCUGAGCCUGAGGAGCGAGCAGUGCAGCAGCAGCAGCAGGAGCAGCAAGAGCAGCAGCAGCACUUCGGCCUCUCCGGGUCUCUUCCGUGGCGCUGUCCCUUCCACCACCCAGAAAGCCAGCAGCGGAGUACAGCAGCAGCAGCAGCAGCAGCAGCAGGUGUAGGGCCUGUUAGAGGGCGACAUCUGCAGCGGGGCCUAGGUCCCGGAAGCAGCAGCAGGAAUCGCAGCAGCAGCCGCAGCAGCAGCCGCAAGGGGCCCCACCGCCGUCAUCGCAGUUUAGGGUGGCGCGCAUACAACAAGCGUCCCUACAGCAGACCUCGGCAGCAGCAGCAGCAGCAGCAACAGCAGCAGCAGCAGGGAGGUCUGUGGUUUGGAGAAAUCUCCUUCAACUUUGGCUGUCCCCUUUGUCUUGCUAUAUCAUUAUCUGCUGCAGCACGCGGGCGGGCAGUGCAUGCAGUAGACACCUGCCUCAGCUCCGUACAGCAGCAGCAGAAGCAGCAGCAGCAGCAGCAACAGAAGCAGCAGCAGCAGCAGCCUCCAGAGAGUGAGGACUCCGAUUGCUUUCCUUCUUCCCCAGAAGGGACACCCCGCCACCCCUACUGCGGCCCUGGUUCUAUCAGCUCGGGGCUGCAGCAGGAGCAGCAGCACCUGUCUCCGCAGCAGCAGCAGGAGCAGCAGCAGCAGCAGCAGCUUCUAGAGGGCCGCCUGUUCUGUACAGACAGCAGGGAAGUGCAGCAGCAACAGCGGCGCCACAGAGCCCUCGAUGUUAUUAUUUCUGCUUUGCUGCCGCGGUCUAUAGCGAGCAGCAGCAGAGGCUCCCCCACUUCUGCAGGGGUUUCAGCUGCAGCAGCAACAGCAGCAACAGCAGCAGCAGCAGCAGGCGAGGGGACCCCCAACAGCCGAAGAGGUCAGUUCGUGUCUUCGCUUCCUUCGCGUGCUCUGGCCUUGGCGGGUGCAGCAGCCGCAGCAGCUUCGGCGGCAGCAGCAGCAGCAGCCGCAGCGCCAGCAACGUUGCGUCGGCGCCACAGCAGCAGCAGCAGCAGCAGCAGCAGCAACAACAGCUGCUUAGUGGAGACCAGCACGGCCCCACACUACGCGGAGUACUUAGCUUUUCAUGUUGAGAAGUGGAGGGAAGGAUCCUUUGAUGAACUCGAGAUAGAAGCUGAUAGGUUGUUACGCAUCGAUGCGCAGCAGCAAAAGAAAUAUAACAGACCCCCCACCAGCAAACAAAUCCGGAAAGAUGCUGACCCGCUGCAGCAGCAGCAGCAGCAGCAGCAGCAGCAGACGCAGCAGCCGCAGAAGCAAAAGGAGAAAGCCGUCAAGCGGAAGCAGCAGCAGCAGCAAGAACAGCAGCAGCAGCAAACGCCGCAAAAGCUGUCCAGAAAUAUUCGCAGGAAGCUCCGUCUGUUGCAGCAGAAGAAAGAUAUGCAGCAGCAACAGCAGCAGCAGCAACAGCAGAAUGCAGAUGGAGCCGAGAGCAGCGGCAGCACAGCAGAGUCUCCUUCAGCUCCCUCUGCAGCAAUGAAGAAGCGAAAGCAAAAGCAGCAGGCCGCUGCAACGGAAGCAGGAGCCACGGAGGCAGCAGCAAAAACUGCAGCAGCAGCUAAAGCUGCAGCAGCAGCCAAGCCUCCAGCAGCUGAAGCUGGAGAAGGAAAGACAGUUGCAGCAAAGGCAGCUGCAACAGCAAGUGCAGCAAGAUCAGCGGCAGCAGGAGGAUCAGCAGCAUCAGCAGCAGCAGCAACAAGGAAUGAAAAGCAGCGACACAUAAUGCUGUGGGGUGAUGUGGUGGAUGGGCCCCCUGACUUGCGGGCCUUCAAACAAAAAUUAGAAGCUCUGAAGGCUAAGUCUUCGCGGGCUGGAGAGGAUAGGGGAGUAGCAGCAAUAGCAGCAGAAGCAGCAGCAGGAGUUGAUGCAGCAGAGGAGGCAGAAGGCUCUCCGAUAGUAAAAGGAAAAGCUGCUGCUGCUGCUGCUGCUGUAACUACUACUUCGUAUCAGCAGCAGGUGAUUGAGGCGUACAGACAGGUGAAGAAGCGGCGGAAGGAGGCGGAGCAGCAGCAACAGCAGCAGCAGCAGCUGCGGAAGCAGCAGCAGCAGCAGAGACGGGAGGGGUACCGCAAGGGUGGCCGUGAAGGGAAGACAGAUGCUAGCAGCAGCAGCAGCAGCAGCAAGUCGUGGUCUUUCGACAAGUCUAUACUAAUUUUAAGCGGCUCUUUGCAGCAGCAACAGCAGCAGAAACAGCAGCAACAGCAAGAAUUUGUCUGCUCAUCGCAUGCAGCGAGUAGCUGCAGCAGCAGCAACAGCAACAACAGCAGCCUUUCCGCUGCUGGGAGCAUAAUGAGCCCCCAGCAAAACGAAGAUCCCCAGCAAAUGCUGACAGCAGCAGAAACAGCAGCAGCAGAAGCAGCAGCAGCAGAAACAGCAGCAGCAGCAGCAGGAGCAGCAGCAGCCUUUGGGGCUCGCGCUGAAGGUUCUAAGUGCAUACGCUGUAGUGAGAAGAAGACACAACAGCAAGAGCACCAGCAGCUGCUGCUGCUGCAGCACAGCAGCAACAGCAGCAGCUUGAGCUCUUGCUGA